GAGGGAGGCGGUCGCGGCGGUUUGGCCUCCGCUUGGAAAGGUUUCCAUCGCGGGCGUACGAGUCCGGGUGCUCUAGCAGCUGGAGUGAACCUCGUAGGAAGCCGCCUAACUGCUUUCUCCUUCGGGCCUACAUCCCUAGCCCAGACAGCUUUCUGGAGGCCUGGCUGUGGCGGCAGAGCUGGUCCCCGGGGUAGCUCACCUCGCCUUCCUGCUUGGCUUGCACCCGUGUGUGGGGGAAGUGACUAAAUGUGGCAAGUUUUGGGUUUCCUACCUGCAGGAGGUAGUGAGGGUGCAGGGGUGGGCCGGGCGCGGUGGCUGAGUCCUGCCUGUCGCUGAGGGUUUGGAGCCGGGCAGUCGUGCGGGAAGUCAAAAUAAAAAAGCUGUGUAAGACUCCAAGCUGUAGUUUGUCGGAGGGGGGACUUAGCCCCUGCUGUUAGGCCGCUGCUGAUUUAGGCCUGCCUAAAGCGAGGUAAAGGUUAUGCAAGACGCUUGGACACCGUGAAAGGGUUGGACAGCCCUUAAGAUCUUGUGAGUAGAAGACCUCUUUUGCUUCUCUGUUCCUGUCAGAAUGGCCUAGACCACUCUGCUGCUCUAUGGUUCCUACCAGAGGACCUCUACAGUGAUGUAUCAGGAUUUUGCUGCUGGUGCUAGUGGACCAUCCAGAUGGCUGUAAACUUGCAGAGGAGAUACAGAACGUGAUCUUUCGAACUGGAUUAAAGCAACUUGUUGAUAUUUUUAUUUAUACGUUUUAAUUUUUGUACUUGACUUAAAGUGCCAUGAAAAAAAUUGCAUAUUGCAAGGUGGUCCUUGCCACCUCUUUGGUUUGGGUCCUUGUGGAUAUGUUUCUAUUGCUGUAUUUCAGUGAAUGUAACAAAUGUGAUGAUAAAAAAGAACGAGGCCUGCCUGCUGGAGAUGUUCCAGAACCCGUACAAAAACCACAUGAAGGACCUGGAGAGAUGGGGAAGCCUGUGGUCAUUCCAAAAGAGGAGCAAGAAAAAAUGAAAGAAAUGUUUAAAAUCAAUCAAUUUAAUUUAAUGGCAAGUGAAAUGAUUGCACUCAACAGAUCUUUACCUGAUGUCAGGUUAGAAGGGUGUAAAACAAAAGUGUAUGCAGAUGCCCUUCCCACAACAAGCGUUGUCAUUGUUUUUCACAAUGAGGCGUGGAGCACACUCCUACGGACAGUUCACAGUGUGAUAAACAGGUCACCACGGCACAUGCUGGAAGAGAUCGUCCUCGUCGAUGAUGCCAGUGAAAGAGACUUCUUGAAAAGACCACUGGAGAACUAUGUGAAAAAAUUGAAAGUACCAGUUCAUGUGAUUCGAAUGGAACAGCGUUCUGGAUUGAUAAGAGCCAGAUUAAAGGGAGCUGCUGCUUCUAAAGGCCAGGUCAUCACCUUCUUAGAUGCUCAUUGUGAAUGUACAGUAGGCUGGCUUGAACCACUGUUGGCAAGGAUCAAAGCUGACAGGAGAACAGUGGUGUGUCCGAUCAUCGAUGUAAUUAGCGAUGACACCUUUGAGUAUAUGGCAGGCUCUGACAUGACCUAUGGUGGAUUCAACUGGAAGCUGAAUUUUCGCUGGUACCCUGUUCCUCAGAGGGAGAUGGACCGACGGAAAGGAGAUCGAACUCUUCCUGUUAGGACACCUACAAUGGCAGGAGGUCUUUUUUCAAUAGACAGAGAUUACUUUCAGGAAAUUGGAACAUAUGAUGCUGGAAUGGAUAUUUGGGGUGGAGAAAACUUGGAAAUUUCUUUCAGGAUCUGGCAGUGUGGUGGCACUUUGGAAAUUGUGACUUGUUCACACGUUGGGCAUGUGUUCAGAAAAGCAACACCAUACACUUUUCCAGGAGGUACAGGACAGAUCAUCAACAAAAAUAACAGGCGGCUUGCAGAAGUCUGGAUGGAUGAAUUUAAAAACUUCUUUUACAUCAUUUCCCCAGGAGUUACUAAGGUUGAUUAUGGGGACAUCUCCUCACGACUUGGACUAAGACGCAAGCUCCAGUGCAAGCCUUUCUCCUGGUACCUGGAGAAUGUUUAUCCUGAUUCCCAAAUUCCACGCCAUUACUUUUCUCUGGGAGAGAUCAGAAAUGUGGAGACAAACCAAUGUCUGGAUAACAUGGCAAGAAAAGAAAAUGAGAAAGUUGGAAUCUUCAACUGCCAUGGAAUGGGUGGCAAUCAGGUCUUCUCAUAUACUGCCAACAAAGAAAUUCGAACAGAUGAUUUGUGUUUAGAUGUGUCCAAACUUAAUGGCCCAGUAACCAUGCUCAAGUGCCAUCAUCUGAAAGGAAAUCAGCUUUGGGAAUAUGAUCCAGUGAAAUUAACCCUGCUGCAUGUGAACAGUAACCAGUGCCUGGACAAAGCCACAGAAGAGGACAGCCAGGUACCGAGCAUCAGAGACUGCAACGGCAGCCGCUCCCAGCAGUGGCUGCUCCGCAAUGUCACCCUUCCAGAAAUAUUCUGAGAGGUUCUAAAGAAAAGCAAGGAUCGACUGGGCUACCUCAGCUGAUACUUUGGCUGCACUGUUAAGUAGCAACAGUAGAAAGUUCUGCUCGCAGAAUCCACAGUUUGUCAGCUGUUAGAACUUCUGCAGCUCCUGAGUAGCUGUGAACCAGCCUUCCUGUAAAAGGAUGUGAAACUGCCACAAGUACUAGUGAAACUGCACCCACUGAUGUUUACAAGAGCAAAAAAGUUUCUUCCAGCAAGUAAUUUAGAUAACAUUUGGACAGUAGAAACAUAAUCAAUGAAAUAGUCUCUCUGAAGAGCUGCAUCUGCAU